AUGUUAAAACGCUUUUUUGUCCAUUUCAUUUUCAGUGUCCUGAAGAAAGAUCCUUACAAUAGCCUGUGUCUUCCCUUGCAUAUUGCUGUCUUAGUUGAAUUAAAGAAAUCAAAUGAAUUGUUUUAUCUGUCUCACAAGCUGGUAGAUUUGUAUCCAAGUAAGCCGGUUGCCUGGUUUUCUGUUGGAUGUUAUUAUCUCUUAAUUAAUAACUAUGAGCCUGCAAGACGAUAUCUGACCAAAGCGACCACAUUAGAUCGAAUGUAUGGCCCGGCAUGGUUAGCCUAUGGUCACUCUUUUGCUGUGGAUCAAGAGCAUGACCAGGCAAUGGCUGCUUAUUUCACUGCCUCCCAGCUGAUGAAAGGUUGUCACCUUCCUGUGCUCUACAUUGGCCUUGAAUAUGGAUUGACCAACAAUUCCAAAUUGGCAGAACGAUUCUUCAGCCAAGCCCUGACAAUUGCACCUGAAGACCCUUUCGUUUUACAUGAGAUGGGAGUGAUAGCCUUCCAAAAUCAAGACUACAUGACUGCUGAGCAAUAUUUUCUUGACGCUCUCGAGAAAGUGAGAUGUGUGAGUAACCAGAUAACCAUUGAGAAGUGGGAGACUCUACAUAACAAUCUUGGCCACACCUGCCGCAAACUCAAGAAGUAUAAAGAAGCCCUCCAAUACCACGAAUAUGCACUUACUCUUUGUCCCCUGACACCAUCUACGUAUUCGGCAAUUGGUUAUGUUUAUGUUCUGAUGGGACAAAGCCUAAAAGCUGUUGAUUAUUUCCACAAGGCAUUAGGCAUUCGUAGAGACGACUCGUUUUCCACUACAAUGUUACAGCAAGUGUUUGAUGUUCUUAUUGCAGAGACUACUCCAUUUGGUGAUAUUCCAAAUGAUGUACCUUCACUCGAACUAGUAGAAUGUCCAUCAAGCCAGCCAAAAUUCUCUCUCUCUUCAGACACUGAUGAAGUUGAUAUGGAAGGCAGCAGUGAUGGGUAG